UAUAUGGAUAGCUGUUAGCAGGCUGGUUUCACCACCGGUGCACAAUUACGCAGCACGUGCGGUGCUGGCCUGUCAGUCAUUAUAUUUUGGGAGUAUUACUACGUUCAUGAGGUGUGUACGACGUUGUACCGCCUGUAGUGCCUCCGGCUACCUCGCUGCAGCAGGAGAGCAGAUGUGACAGCUAACGGUAGCUAGCUCGGCAUUAGCUCGGUACUAGCCGUGCAGCUGAGCAUCAGCACCGGCUCCGAGGAGAGGGAACAUCAGCAUCAGUCUGUACGCCCCGACCAGCCCAGUUUAAACCUUUGUUAGACGUUUCAUGCAGUAAGGCAGCCUGUGUGAAGCUAGUCUUCACAUAUAACAACCAUAAGGAGAGAUGUAUCAACUCCCAGUGAAUAACCUUACAAGAAUCAGGAGAGCCAGGAAACAAGUGAAGAAAGCACUUGAAGACAUUGGACUGGAGUACUGUAAAGAGGCAGCAGAGGUAUUCAAAGAGUUUGGCCCUAAUGAUCAAUUUGUAAAGGGGACAUUAUGCCUUGAUAUCUGUGCAUGGGAUCCAUCGUACUCUAAAACACAGGAAUACCGAUCAAAGCCAUUUUGCUGCACAGAAUGCCAUUUUUCUUCCAAAUACUACUCAGGCUACAAGAAUCACUUCCGCACUGUACACAGAAAAAUCUUUGAGAACAAAAUUCUGCUCAACUGUCCGUACUGCACGUUCACUGCAAGCAAGAGAACUUUGGAGACGCAUGUAAAAAUAUUCCACUUACCAAGUUCAACUCGGCAGAAUUAUGGGAGCUCACAGGGCCUUGCGCUGCAAAAGAAGGACAAAAUGUUUCUUGAUAGAGCCAGACAGGGGGAUGGCGUGGAGAGAGCGAUGUACUAUUGCAAAAAAUGCACGUUCCGGGACACACUCUACAAUGUUGUAAGAAGGCACAUCUACAGGGAACAUUUUCAGCAUAUUGUCUCACCAUAUCUUGGUAUGGUUUCCGAAUCAUCUGUCAAAAAUGGUGCUAAUUCUGUCAAUGGCAACAACAUCCUCUGUAAACGCUGCCAGUUUUCCACUCGUAGCUAUGAGGCAUUAGUGCAGCAUGUAAUUGAGUACCACGAGCGCAUUGGUGCUCAAGUCACCACCAUGAUUGGACAUGCUAAUAUUAUUGUUUCCAGGCCUCAAACCUUACCAGCCGCUUCUCCAAAGGCCCCUAUGAUGAUUAACAGGAGCCACACACUUACAGCUGAGUCUAUAGCACAACCAGUAAUUGGCUAUUUAAAGCCAGCACCCCCUAUUGUUAAAAGUCAGUCCUCCAUCGCAGCCAGUCAGGUGCGUGUCAAAGUUGCUGGCAGCAACAGCACUGUGGUUGAAAAUAAUGCUGCUGGGGUAAACACAGCCCAGACACAGAAGUGGAAGAUAUGUACAGUUUGCAAUGAGCUUUUUCCUGAAAAUCUCUAUAGUGCUCAUUUUGAGAGCGCGCACAAGGCAAAGAAAGUUUGGGCACUGGCCAAGUAUAUCAUGAAAAUCCACAACUUCACCAGCAAGUGUUUGCUUUGCAACCGGUAUCUGCCCAGUGACACACUGCUUAACCACAUGUUAAUCCAUGGGCUCACCUGUCCACAGUGCCACACUAAUUUUCACAGUGUUGAGAAAAUCAUUGAGCAUGUGAACCAGACUCACCCUGAUGACUUUGUUGGACCUCCUGGUGCAUCACCUCUAACCUUUGAUCUCACCAUCAAACAAGAGAAGUCCAGUAACAUACAGCUUGUUGUUCUCACCUUCAACAUGAAGGAAUCUAUCAAUGGAAAAGAUCAACCCGCAUCAGCUCAGAAUAGUGUCGUACCUCUGGUCAAGUUAACGGCUCCCAAAAUGAUAGAGAAGAAGAUCGAACCACUCGCAAGAAGUUUCUCUUCACUGCCUUCCAAUAGUGAAGUUGGGAAAACUCUGUGUCCACUGUGUUUCACCAUCCUCAAAGGUCCCAUCUCCGACGCUUUGGCCCUACAUCUGAGGGAGCGACACCAAGUGCUCCAAACAAUGCAUCCCGUUGAAAAAAAGUUGACAUACAAGUGCAUUCAUUGCCUGGGAGUGUACACAAGUAACAUGGUAGCUUCCACAAUUACACUGCAUCUUGUGCAGUGCAGGGCUGUAGGCAGGAACCAGGUAAGCCAAGGCUUCAAGUCCGCUCUCACUCUCAACUCAUCUGGGGCUGGAUUCCUCAAGCGGCAGCUGCCAACACAGACCAUGUCCAACCCCAAGAAGUUAAAACUGACCAAGGACUCAAAGAUUUCCUCUACCACCAUUGGAAACAAGGCUGACUCUGAAGGCCUCGCUCUGGAUCCAAGAAGCUAUGAGCACAAGACGUAUGAAGCCAGGAAAAAUUUCCUGACGGCCUACUUCAACCGGCGACCAUACCUCUCACCUCAGGAAGAGGAGAAGCUGUCUGCCAAUCUGUGGCUGUGGAAAUCUGACAUCUCGAGCCACUUUGCAACCAAACGAAGGACAUGCGAGAGACAUUGUGAGACUGCAAAGGUGCGCGUGCUGCUCGGCUUUGACAUGCAUGCUCUCAAGAAAGUUAAACACGACUUGAUCUUUACAGAGGGCAAGUCUGGUGUUACUUCAGUGGGGAGACCUGGCGUCCUCAAGUCUGGUACUCCAAACACAGACCAAAACAAGCAAUGUGAGACACUAAACUGUACCUUAAAGCUCAGUACAUGCACUGAGACCAUAUCCAUUGACUCAGACAGUGAACCAGAAAUGGUGGAUAGACCUACUGAGAAUGAAAAUGUUGACAACAACCAGCAUGAGAAUGUAAAAUCUCAAGAGCCAGCAGACCUGACAGAAAAGACAGAACCGGUGAACACAGAUGAUCCCUCAAGAGAAAAGGAGACUUCUUUGCCGGAUGAGAAAACAAAUGCUUUGAUGACUUUCUGUUAAGUGUCCCUGCUUAGCAGUGUGCCUUCGUUGAGUAACAGUUGAGUUUUUUUGGGAGAAUACGGAAGACCCAGAUUAUUUGCAUAUGAAAUAGCCUCAGAGGGAAAGAAACAGUUUCAAGUCACAAACUUUUAGACUAAUGGCAUGGUCACAAAAUAUUUCAAUUCCAGUUGUUGAUCUCAUUAUCAGUGUUUGAAAGGAGACAAAA